AUGUUUUCUAGAAUUUUUAAGUAAAAUUACAUGACUAAAAUUGCCUUAUUUUCAACAGCCUCUUUAAUUUAUUGGGGAAGCAGAAAGAAUCAAAGUGAAGAAAUCUUUUAGAUAUUAAACAAAUAGACUUAGAACUCUAUUGUUAAAUUCUUUCUGAAUGGUAGAAUAAUAGGAUAAGGAGCAAUUUUGAAAAAUGGGUUUGUAGUUACUAGUUCUGAGGUAUUUGAGAAUUAAUAACCAUAAAUUACAGCAUAAAUAAAUGGCUAACUUUAUAAUUAUGAAGUUUUAAAAGUGGAAGAAGGAAUAGCUAUUCUUAAAAUACAACAAUAGAAAUCUUAGUUUAAUCUAUCAAAAUAUGAAAUAGGAUAGAACGCAUUUGUUUUAGGAACAGAUGAAUAAGGCUUAAAAGAUUUUCAAUAAUGUCCUAUUACAGAUAGCAAUUUCACAUUAGAUAUUCGAUUAGUAGGUGAGGAAGCAUUAAAUUAAACCUAUCCUUUUAUUUUGAUGAAUGGAUGUUAUUCUAGUCCUGGAAGUAUAAGAUGAUUUAAUAAAUGUGUAGGUCCUGUUUUAAAUAAAAAUGGAUAAUUGAUAGGGAUCAUAAGUGGAAAGUUUAGAAAUAAGACUUAAGUUGUGCCAUCUACUUAUUUUUAGGGUUUAGAAAAUAAUAGCAAUAUUGUUAAGCCUUAUUUGGGAUUAACAUUAAAGACAUCAGAUUAAGGAGGAGCUUUUAUCAUAAAAAUCAAUUCUGAUAGUCCUGCAGAAAAGGCAGGGUUAAAAUUAGGAGAAAUUAUUAAGUCUAUUGAUGGAGUUACUAUAUAACAUGGGAAAGAUGUGACAAAAUUAUUGGGAGUAACUGAAAAUGCAGAUAGCCAUGUAAUGGUAAUUUUAAGAAAUGGAAAAGAGAGAACUGUACAUGUUAAUCUAAAAUGAG